GCAGUUUUUGAAAAAGAAAAUUUAUUAAAUCAGGCAAAAUAGGAUUGGAAAAUUGGUGUUAGAAGUACCAUUUCUUACUAAGGAGGCUAAUGUAGGUGGAUCAAGAGUUUGAGGCCAAGCCUGGGCUACCUAGUGAGACCCUGUCUCAAAAAACUUUUUUUUUUGUUUUCUUUAGGAUCUCUUCUGGCCUCCAACUGGUGAUCUUUCUGCUUCAGCCUCUUGAGUGCUAGGAUUACAGGCAUCUCACCACAUCAAUCAGACAAUCAGAAGUACCAUUAAAAAAUUGACAGGGUAUCAUGUAUGCCACUGGUUCCAGGGGACAGUCCCCUGCUUUCCUACAACCUCAGAAUGGAAAUAGCCACCGCUCAUCUGGUUACGUUCCCGGGAAGGUUGUCCCACUGCGUCCUCCUCCUCCUCCAAAGAGUCAAGCUUCAGCCAAAUUUACCUCCAUCAGACAAGAAGCACGGGCAAGCUUUGCAUUCUCUCCUGAAGAGCAGCAAACCCAGAGGGAGAGCCGAAAGCAGAAGAGACACAAGAACACUUUCAUUUGCUUUGCUAUAACUAGUUUUUCAUUUUUUGUUGCACUUGCAGUCAUUUUAGGAAUAACCUCAAAAUAUGCUCCAGAUGAGAAUUGUCCAGAUCAAAACCCCCAUCUCAGGAACUGGGAUCCCGGACAAGAUUCUGCAAAGCAAGUUGUUAUCAAGGAGGGAGAUCUGUUCCGUCUAACUUCAGAUGUCACAGUGAAUUCUAUAGUCAUUCGGGACGGAGGACUGCUUGUAUUUGGGGAUGAUAAAGAUGGAUCCAGAAAUAUUACUUUGAGGACUCGUUACAUCCUGAUCCAGGAUGGUGGGGCGCUUCAUAUUGGAGCAGAAAAAUGCCGCUAUAAAUCCAAAGUGACAAUUACCUUGUAUGGCAAGUCAGAUGAAGGUGAAAGUAUGCCAACAUUUGGCAAAAAGUUUAUUGGUGUGGAAGCUGGGGGGACACUGGAGUUACAUGGGACACAGAAGACGUCGUGGACAUUGCUGGCAAGGACUCUGUACUCCUCAGGUUUGCCCUUUGGGUCCUAUACCUUUGAAAAGGACUUUUCCCGGGGUCUCAAUGUGAGGGUCAUUGACCAAGAUACAGCCAGAAUUUUGGAAAGUGAGAAGUUUGAUACCCAUGAAUACCACAAUGAGAGCAGGCGACUUCAGGAAUUUCUGAGAAUCCAGGAUCCAGGUCGGAUUGUUGCUAUAGCUGUCGGAGAUUCAGCAGUCAAGAGCCUCUUACAAGGAACUAUCCAGAUGAUCCAGGACCGGUUGGGAAGUAAGCUGAUCCAAGGACUGGGCUAUAGGCAAGCGUGGGCUUUAGUUGGUGUCAUUGAUGGUGGAAGCUCUUCUUGCAAUGAAUCUGUGAGAAACUAUGAAAACCACAGCAGUGGUGGGAAGGCUCUUGCCCAAGGAGAAUUUUAUACUCUGGAUGGUCAAAAGUUCUCUGUGACAGCCUACAGUGAGUGGAUUGAAGGCAUUUCUCUUUCGGGUUUCCGGGUGGAGAUCGUGGAUGGAGUGAAGCUUCAUCUGCUGGAUGAUGUUAGUAGCUGGAAACCUGGAGACCAAAUUGUAGUUGCAAGCACCGACUAUUCCAUGUACCAAGCAGAGGAGUUCACUCUUCUCCCCUGUCCAGAGUGUAGCCGUUUUCAGGUUAAAGUCAAAGAAACUCCUCAGUUCCUGCACAUGGGUGAGAUCAUAGACGGGGUAGACAUGAGAGCUGAGGUUGGAAUUCUCACCCGCAAUGUUGUGAUCCAAGGAGAAACGGAGGACUCAUGUUACUCAGAUAAUCAGUGCCAGUUCUUUGAUUAUGACACCUUUGGGGGUCAUGUCAUGAUAAGGAAAAAUUUUACUUCCGUCCACCUUUCCUAUGUGGAAUUGAAGCACAUGGGUCAGCAGCAUCUAGGCAAGUAUCCUGUGCAUUUUCACCUGUGUGGAGAUGUGGAUUACAAAGGAGGGUACAGAUACCCAGCAUUUGUGGAUGGCCUGUCUGUCCAUCACAGCUUCUCAAGGUGCAUCACCGUGCAUGGAACCAACGGCUUGCUAAUAAAAGAUACCAUUGGAUUUGACACACUAGGACAUUGUUUCUUUUUGGAAGAUGGUGUUGAACAGAGAAAUACUUUAUUCCACAAUCUGGGGCUUCUCACCAAGCCAGGCACUGUGCUUCCCACUGAUAGGAACAACUCCAUGUGCACCAACAUUCGAGAUAAAGUGUUUGGAAACUACAUCCCUGUCCCUGCCACAGACUGCAUGGCUGUUUCAACUUUCUGGAUUGCUCAUCCCAACAACAAUCUGAUUAACAAUGCUGCCGCAGGUUCACAGGAUGCUGGAAUAUGGUAUUUAUUCCAUAAGGAACCUACUGGGGAGUCCAGUGGAUUGCAGCUCCUAGAGAAACCAGAACUCACUCCACUGGGUAUAUUUUAUAACAACAGGGUCCAUUCAAGUUUUAAGGCUGGCUUAUUUAUUGACAAAGGUGUCAAAACGACCAACUCCAGUGCUGCAGACCCAAGGGAAUACCUCUGUUUGGACAACAAUGCCAGGUUUCGGCCUCAUCAGGAUGCAGACCCUGAAAAGCCACGUGUUGCUGCUAUAAUUGACAGGCUCAUUGCUUUUAAAAAUAACGAUAAGGGAGCCUGGAUCAGAGGAGGUGACAUUAUUGUUCAGAAUUCAGCAUUUGCAGAUAAUGGAAUAGGAUUGACCUUUGCUAGUGAUGGAAGCUUCCCGAGUGAUGAAGGUUCUAGCCAGGAAGUGUCGGAGUCUCUCUUCGUUGGAGAGAGCAGGAAUUUUGGCUCUCAGGGUGGUCAGAACAAGUAUGUAGGCAUUGGAGGACUAGACCAAAAGCCUCGGACGUUACCUAGGAACAAGACAUUCCCGAUUAGAGGCUUUCAAAUUUAUGAUGGACCCAUUCAUCUCACCAGAAGCACUUUCAAAAAAUAUGUGCCCACUCCUGAAAGGUACAGCAGUGCGAUUGGCUUCCUCAUGAAGAAUUCCUGGCAGAUGACCCCCAGGAACAAUGUUUCCCUUGUGAAGUUUGGCCCACAUGUCUCUCUGAAUGUAUUCUUUGGAAAGCCUGGUCCCUGGUUUGAAGAUUGUGAGUUGGACGGUGAUAAGAAUGCCAUAUUCCAUGAUGUUGAUGGCUCUGUGACAGGAUACAAGGACUCUUAUGUGGGAAGGAUGGACAACUACCUUAUCCGGCAUCCAAACUGUGUCAACAUUACCAGGUGGAAUGCAGUGGUCUGCAGUGGGACCUAUGCCCAGAUCUAUGUACAGACAUGGAGUACUCCGAAUCUUAGUAUGACCAUCACUCGAGAUGAAUAUCCAUUCCACCCUAUGGUACUUCGGGGAAUUAACCAGAGGGCUACAUUUCCACAGUACCAACCUGUUGUCAUGCUGGAGAAGGGCUAUACCAUCCACUGGAAUGGGCCAGCGCCACGGACUACUUUUCUAUACCUUGUAAACUUCAACAAGAAUGACUGGAUUCGAGUUGGCCUCUGCUAUCCCUCAAACACAAGCUUUCAGGUGACCUUUGGCUUUUUGCAGCGGCAGAAUGGCUCGUUAUCCAGAAUUGAAGAGUAUGAGCCUGUGGAUUCAAUGGAAGAACUGCAAAGGCAGCAGUCCCAGAGGAAAUUCUAUUUUGACUCCAGCACAGGGUUACUGUUUUUGUAUCUCAAAGCCAAAAGCCCCAGGGAUGGCCACAGUUACUGUUCCUCUCAGGGAUGUGAAAGAGUCAAGAUCCAGGCAGCAACAGACUCAAAAGACAUCAGUAACUGCAUGGCCAGAGCAUAUCCGCAGUAUUACAGAAAGCCAUCAGCGGUCAAGCGCAUGCCAUCCAUGGUCACUGGACUCUGUCAAGGCUGUGGCACCCGCCAGCUGGUGUUUACUAGUGAUCCUCACAAGAGCUACCUCCCUGUGCAAUUCCUGUCACCCAGUAAAGCAGAAAUUCAGCGUGGAGACCCGUCUGUCAUUUCUGUCAAUGGCACUGACUUUACCUUCCGAAGCGCAGGCGUCCUCAUCCUUGUUAUAGAUGCAUGCAGCAUUCCCUUCCGGUUGACAGAAAAACAAGUUUUCCCUCUUGCUGAUGUCGGUCGCAUGGAAGAGUACUUAAAAACCAGCAUCCCUCCAAGAUCAAUUGUUCUGUUAAGCACAAGAGGAGAAAUAAAGCAGUUGAAUAUUUCAGAUUCAUUAAUACCUCUGGGAUUAGCCAAGCCAGCUCAUCUUUAUAACAAAGGGAGUACCAUAUUUUUGGGAUUCAGCGGAAACUUUGAACCAUCAUGGACUAAGCUAUUUACCAGUCCUGCUGAGCAGGGUCUCGGGGUGCUUGAACAAUUCAUCCCCUUGCAGCUGCAUGAUUAUGGGUGUCCCAAAACUGGCAGUGUCCCCCGAAGAGACCUGGAACUGUUAAAGCAGGCUUCAAAAGCACUUUAGUGACUGACUGUAACUUAAGUGCUGAGAAAGAAAAAAAAUGUGAACUAACUUAUUUAAUUUAUGGCAUUUUAAAUGACACUGUUAACCCAACAGAACCUGUUUGAUACAAAAAGAGGAGAAAAGAGUUCAAAAGGAUUGCUUAAAUACCAGCUCACAUAACUUCUAGUUGUACAAAAUGUUAAAGAGUUUGUCUUUGUAAAGCUGGUGUAUCCGAAGGGCAGUUCUUUUAUUCCUUACUUUGCACCCCAGUUUUGAUAGUGACCACCAGCAGCUUUUCACUUUUUGUAUAAUGGGGUGUGCUGGGGUGCUCCCAAGAGACUGCCUGAGCUCUUCAGAGGACCAGCUACUGUAGUACCUUGGAUACUUGACAUCUAACCCUCAUUAUGUUGUGUGCCAGUUGGCUUGGGUGGCUGGUAUAUGCAGCAAAGCCUGGGGUCCCAUUUCUGGGCAGCCUUUGAGGGUUUUGUAUGAUGCUGAAUGACAGUUUUACUUGUCAACUCAGGCCCAGCUCAUGCCCUUUUUUGUCUGGACAUGUGCUAUUUUUAUUCAUUUGUAAAUUGACAACUUCUAAGGAUUCAACUUUCAAAUAGGAAGUAUAUUGGGACAAAAGGGCUUGUAUUUAAUCUGUGAUCUUUGGGCAAAACAUUUGACCUGCACCAAGGUCUGAGGUUGUUGGGACCAUUUUUGCAGCUUUAAUCCUUAGCCUGCCUUGAGUGUAUAUUUGUUUUUAAAAUGCAGAGCUGAGCUGAAUAUUUACAUUUUUGGUUUUUUAUUUUAUUUUAUUAUUAUUAUUAAUUUUUUAAGAAGCAGGCUGUUUUCCUGAACUGAAGACUGUCAUUUUAACUUGCACAAAGGAAGUCUGUUCUUGGUGUUGCUCUUGCAUCUGGGUUUUGGUUGUUGUUUUUGUAUGUGGAUUUUUAAAAAGUAUCUCUACUCUCCCUUUGCCAGGAAAAUCCCAGAGCUUAAUGAUACCCCAAAAUGAUUGUACCCAGGGAGGGGAAAGGAAGAGCCUUUUAAGGGCCAGAAUCAUGGAGGAAAUACUGAGAAACGAACCUCUUUAUAGCCUUAACGGAGUGCGUCAUUCUUAAUUAAGUUGUUAAAGACAAUUAAAAAGGGUACCAGGAUGCCCAGUUUCCUUUUCCACUGGUAUCAUAUGUCUCCUGCCAGGGAGGAUUGCGUGUGGCAAAAGGGUAUUGGCUCCACAGCCUGGGAUUUUGCCACACCAGGAGGAAAGAUGCAUCAGGAUGUCCUUAUGUUUUUAUAAGCCCACAAGACACCAAAUGUGGUGGAGGGAUGGCCAAGUGUGUUUGGACUGACAUUGUCAAUGAAUACAGACAAAUUCACUUUCCUCUGUCAAGGCUGAUGGCCUGUGCCUUUAUGUCUAAGGGGAUCUAUAGAGCAGCUGUGUGACUUCUGUUACUUUACAAAAUACGCUACCUCAAAGUGCUACCAAUAAACCAUUGUAACUGUAAGUGCCUGUGCUCAGGGCACGUGUCUUAAAGUUUGGUGAUUUGUUUUUGGAUGUGGGUGUUUUUUUUGUAUAGUAAUGAGUGAGAUCUUACCUUUUAAAUAUGUUAUUAGAUCAUGGUUCUGAAGGUGAUUAAAGUGUGUGUGUUUGUGUGUGUAUAUGACUUAAAUAUCUUUGAUGUGUGUUUUUUAGAGGUAAGUUCUUUAAAGAUUUGGAGAGGAUAUGUAAGUUCCAAGGCACUCAGAUUUUCUGGUUUGUAUGCUAAUAAUCAGGGCCUAAGUUAAAUAAAAAUGUGUGCAUGUAUUUUA